AUGGGGUCGGGCAGCAAUGAAGGAACCUACCAAAAUGCAAACACAACAACAACAACGAUCACUGAGUUUGUUCUACGAGGUUUUCCUAGCCUCCCUCCUGAAUAUUACGGAUGUGUAGGAGCUUUGUUUUUCAUCUUAUACCUUCUUCUUGCUACUGGGAAUAUUUUUAUCAUUGUCUUUGUGAUAUGUGAAAAAAGCAUUCAGAAACCAACAUACAUAAUCUUCUGUAACCUUGCAAUGGCAGAUCUUGCACUUGGAACGACAACCUACCCAAGAGUCAUUGCAAAGUACUGGAUGUCUGACAAAAUCAUAUCAUUCAACGCCUGCUUCGUGCAGAUGUAUUUUGUCCAUUUUCUUGGGGCUACAAAUUCAUUUCUCAUGGCACUGAUGGCUCUUGAUCGAUUCAUAGCUAUUUGCAAUCCUCUCAGAUAUCAUGCCCUGAUUAAAAAUUCAACUAUUGCCAUUCUGUGUGCGUGUGUUUGGAUAGCAAACAUGCUGCAGUUAGUUGGAGUCACUCUCCUGGCCCUCAGUGUGAAUUACUGUGGGUCAAAUGUCAUACCUCAUUGCUACUGUGAUCAUGUUGCUUUAAGCAAACUGACAUGUGGAGAUGUAACUACCAUGAAAGUCACAUCUGCAGCCAUUGCCAUGUUUGUUCUGUGGGGUCCUUUAAGUUUCAUCUUAUUUUCUUACGUCUCUAUCAUCAUCUCUGUGUUGAGAAUCUCAAAUUCAGAAGGACGUUAUAAAGCAUUUUCCACGUGCACUCCACAGUUAUUGAUCAUAUGUCUGUAUUAUCUACCCAGAACAUUUGUGUAUAUGACACACGUUGCUGGCUAUGAAUUUAGUACUGAUAUCCGCAUUGUGGUUUCCAUGAUGUACAGUCUCUUCCCUGCUGUUGUUAACCCGUUUAUAUAUUCCUUCAGGACUAAAGAGAUCAAAGAGGCAAUAAUUAAAAAAUUUAAAAUAAAACAGGUUGGAGUCAAUAGAAAGGUCAGUCUUGGUUAA